AAGUGGAGCAGACAAAGUCAGCUAAACAGUGCUGUGUCUUCACUGUAACAGAUAGUCACAUAAGCCUUAUUGUCAAGUGUGCUAGUCCUCUGCUGGUUAAUGGAACAGGAGCCUCAGGUAUUGCUAAAGAUUGAAAAUCAACAAGACUAUUAAAAAUAAACAAGAAUGAGUAGAAGAAAAAGACGACACAGCAGGAGAAAAAGCUCCAGCAGCACCAAAUGGAGCCACUCCACGUUUGCGUUUCAAUGCCACAAUAACGAUGCCAUUAAUAAAACCUCUGAAUAUGAAAAUGACACCAAUUCAUCUGAAAAAGGCACUGCAGACAUAUCACACAGAGAAGACCCUCUAAAGUCUAAUGAAAUCGGAAAGAAUGAGCAUCCCUUUCAUAAUGGAAGUAAAAGAAGCAGUCAAGACACAAUUGAAUCCGAAUGCCGGACUAGGAACAGAGAUAAAAACCCACCGCCUGCCGACAGAAGUGACAAAGGAAUGAACAUCACCGCAACCAUGAAUAUAAAUGAUCAAGAAAUGUCAGCUCUAGGAAAAAUAAUAGUCAGGCACUAUCAGCAGCACACAGAUAAUGAACCAGUAGAGAUGACAAUUUCAGUUAAUGCACCUAUAGUCAAAUGUUCAGUUUCUGGCAUGAAAGUAGAAAUCAAGGGGCUACAGUAUGUGAGUGACCCAACUAUCCAAGCUACAUUUACAUUCAAAACCCAGGAAGAGGUAAGAAAAGAGACUUUUUAUCCCUUAAACAAAAAAUGGGAUCAACCAUCCUUCCCUGACAAUGAAAACCCAGAAAAUCAUAACUUGUUAAACAUAAAUAGGCAAUCUGCCGACUUAAACCAGAGACAUAAAGGGCAAAAGAGACAUUUCUUCCAGUCAGGUGGUAAUAACAUUCAUGGAAAAUGCAAAGAACGUUGUGAAAUGUUCGGUAUGUGUGAAGAGGACAAAGACUGUUACAAAAGCUGCUGUGAAGACUUAACAAAAGAUGAAGCAUGCAAUGUUUGUAACCAAAGACUAAGGCGACGCUCCAGCGAUGUUGAUUACCCUGUCACUGAUGUGUCUGAUAGUCUCUCCUCAUUAUCACAGUCUGAUAUGCAGGUGACCAAUGCGUUACGGGAAAGCACAGUGCAUAUUGAUUUGGGUGACAUUCCACCUCCAGAUGAUUUUGCUGAUAAAUGUGUACAAAAUGUCACUCGUGAGAUAAGUAUGUGUCAAAUUAAAGAUGACAAGAGUACUGGAAAUGUGUACGAACCAGCGUUUUCUGACAGCAGGAUGCACUUUACUGAAACUAGACGGUAUUCAUCUUUGCAAAGUGAAAUUAAUAGUACCGCAAUGAGCAUCACUGAAUAUUCAUCAGAAUGUGAUUUUUAUGAUCCAAUUCUUAUGGACCAUAAAGUUCCAGUUAGCAGAAAAAAUUUCACAAAAGAUUUUAUAAGCAAGCACAAUGGCAGGACCCGACUACGCAAUAACAGUAUAGUAACGAUGGAAACCAUAUCUAAUCCGGCCUUAUAUUUAGAGAAAAGAACUCAAAGAAGACAAACGUUUCCUAGCUCCGCAGACAUUCCUUCAAAAAUUAGCAGGGAACUCCUACCUUAUAGAGAAUCUUUUUCAUCUGACACUGUUCCUUCUUUUUUUUUAAAGAUUCCCUUAAAUGAUCCAAAGGAAGACUAUAAUGAGGAGGAGUGUGAGUGUAUGUGUAAUGCUUUAGAGAAUUGCACUGAGCAUGAUCCCUUUGCAAACACAAAAAUUGAAAGCAAUCAUGCCUUCUGCACUUCACAAUCAGUGGACAGCACCAGCGAUGCACGAUGUGAUGAAGCCUGUAAAGUAAAUGAAUCAUUUAACAUAACAUUAAGCUCACAGAAUGAUGGAGAUGUGACAGUAGCUAAUGGAUCUUCUUGUCCAGAAAGCUAUCAGCUUGAGUGUUUGCAAUAUCCUGAGUUUAUGGAGAGUGGGUUUGAUGAGCACAUCAUAAAUGAUGAAGAUGCCAAUGAGAUAUCCUUGGAAAGGAACAUCACAAACACAGAUUGGCAUUGUCAGAUUUCACCUUCGUCAGCUUUCCAUAAUCAUUUCGAUGAGAACGUCCGUAGCAGUUCUUCAUUAUCUGAACAGCUACAGGGAUAUGAACAGACUGAACAAAAUGCUCACAUACAUGUCCAUGAGACCACCACCCCUGAUCCAUGCAUACCAAAUAGAAGAAGCUCUGUGGUAACAGUUAUUGUUGGAGACUUAGAGCAGAGAAUAUUAUUUCAAAAUGACAGCCACAUUCUGGGAAAGUGCACUGCAGAUAGCUUUACAAGAAUUUAUGACGCACCUCCAUUGUCAUCGAAAUUAAAUGUGGUUGAAACAGAAGAGCCAAGUCAAGAAGAAGAAUCCUUCCAUGCAGCCCCUCCUUCUCAUGACAUUUGCACUUUCACUGAGGAGAAGAAUGAGAACCACGAUCUUCAAGAAAUCCAGCAGAAAAUUGUUGUGAAUGCUUGCAAUAAAAACAAUGAAGAAGGGCUAAUUAGUGAAAAUACUGAAGAGCUGGAGAAGAUUAUUUUGGAAAGUGACGGAAAAGAAAAUGAUGAUGCACCUUCAAUAGGAAAUUCAGCAAGUAAUCGGGUAACAAAAACUGAGUGUGCUGACAAUCAAACCUGUUGUCCCAUCUCGGAUCCACUAUUUCAAGGGAAGGAUGAAGUUGACUUUCUACUUCAGAAUGUGGUUGGACAGGAAUAUGACACAAGAUCCCUGCAGGAUUCAAAGCUAAUGACUGAUACAGCACAAAAAGAUGGCCUACUUAAAGAUUCUGCCAAAAAGGAGGACUCUGAUCGGUGGGCUAAGAGGCGUAGACUUUUUAAGGAGAGUAAACAUUGGAGUUCCACUGGAGAGAGUUCUAUAACAAGCACCAUAACGGAGGAAAGGGAGUCAGUAAAUUCAGAAGACACUCGCUCCAUAGACCUUGGUUUGAGAGACAAUGAAGAAAAAGGAUUUUAUUCAGAAACAUUCCAUUCCACCGCCUGGAUCUACAGAGGCGAUGAUAUCAGUGCAAAUGACAGCCCCCGGUGUCUCAGCAAGAGGCCACGACCUGUAACAAUUCGAGAGAGGACUGUUAGAAUUACUAAAGGCACUGGAGACUAUCCAUGGGGAUUCCGAAUUCAAUUCUCCAAGCCUAUAUUAGUGACAGAGGUAGACACAAAUGGAGCUGCGGAUGAGGCUGGUCUACAAGUUGGAGACACUGUAUUUGCUGUCAAUGGAACAGAUGUCACCAGUGUGCCACACUCUGAGGCAGCAGCAUUGGCUCGGCAGGGUCCUGAAACUCUAACUUUAGUGAUUGGUUCUGAUAUAAGUCGAUGCCCCAACACUCCCAGACCAGCAUGCCGAGGAUAUCUGCAUAAGCGGACCCAAUCAGGUCUUUUGAAGGGCUGGAGAAAGAGAUGGUUUGUCCUGAAGCAUGAUGGUUACCUUUACUAUUAUAAAAAUAAAAAGGAUGAAGGAAAGAGCAGACCCCUGGAGAUGAUGAAAUUAGAAGGUGCUGAAAUUGGUCCAGACACAAGCCUUGGGAAGCCCUUUGUGUUUAAAUGUGCUCCAGUUUCCAGGAAUCGAGUUUUUUACUUUUGUGCCACAUCAAACCAGGAAAUGAAAAGAUGGCUGGAUUCGAUGCAGCAAGCAGUGCACCCAAUUACCCAGAACCAUGUGUGGGUGGAUGUCACUCGACAUAAUGCCAGUCUGCCGCCGCUAGCAAUUAAAAAUCCUGAAUGUCUUGGCCUACUUCACCAGAUAGACAAGAACAAGAACGUCUGCAUGCAACACUACUGCAUAUUAAAAGAUGGAUGUCUGUAUUUUUAUGCAGGAAUGCGAUCAACACAUGCUUUAGGAGGCAUCUACUUGCAUGGCUAUUCAGUAAGUGAGCAGUCUUCACUGUUAAAGAGCUCAGUGAUAGAAAUGAAGCCACCUUCUGAAGAAUUCAAAACCUUCUACCUCAGUGCUGAAAACACAGCAGAGAAUAAACGAUGGAUCUCUGCAAUUACGAUGUCAAUCAGCAAAUGGCUGCCACUGCAUCAGGCGAUCCAUGACUUCAUGCGCCGUCCACUAGAGGAGACGAGAAUGUGAAAGACCUAAUGUGCUUGCCUCUUCGAAGUCCCUCAAUUACCAUAACCUG